CACCGUGUCGAGGAAAAUCAACACGAUUACGGCUUCAAUAUGUUAGACUUUUUUACAAUUUUUAGUAAGGGAGGAAUCGUCCUUUGGUGUUUUCAGGGGACGUCUCAGUUCUUCACACCUUCUGUCAAUGCCUUGAUCAAAAGCGUGAUAUUACAGGAAAGAACUGGGAAUAAUUCCUUCAACCACGAUGCACUUACUUUGAAAUACAAGUUAGACAAUGAAUUUGAACUUGUAUUUGUGGUUGCAUAUCAGAAAAUACUUCAGCUGUCAUAUGUGGAUAAGUUUUUGAGUGAUAUCCAGAUGGAAUUCAGAAACAAAUACAAGGAUGAUUUACAACAAGGAAAGGUCUCGAGGCAGUUUGACUUUGACAUAGAGUUUUCUAACAUUCUAAGAGCUGUAGAAGAAUCAAGUAGACAACAGGCUCAAAAACCUAAAAAAAUGAAAACUUUUGAAGAAUCACAGAAAUCAAAGAAAACUGUGUCAUCAAUGAUAGAAAACAAGAAAGAUGACGGGAAAGGUCAAGGAGGGAAGUCAAAGGAAAACAAAAACAAGAAAGCUGUCAAAGAAGCUGCUGUGGUGGUUGAUCGCUCCCCCAAACCAGCCAAGGUGUCCAACAGCAACGGGGAGCUCAGUCAGGAAGAGAUUAUGUUAAACAGACAGAAGUUCAUGGCCAAGAUGAUGAAGGGUAACAAGCCAGAGAGUGGGAAAAGCCCUGAGAGCCCCAAGAAGCCUAAGGGGAAGAAACCGACCUUGUGGGAGAAUGGAGGGAGGGAGAGUAAGAGUCUGGAUUACAGCGGGGCUAAACCGGACGAUGCUCUGGUGAAUGGAGACAGUGAGCAGCUCAUUGCCGAGGCUGAUCUACAGUUGCUGGGUCAAAUGAAGGGAGAGCUAAAAGACAUGGAACCCGACUCAGAAUCUGAGGGCGAAGAAGAGGAGGAGGAAGAAGUGGAAGUGAAGGGAUCUGCCCAGAAGAAAAGAGGGUUGGGAAUGUUCAGUGCCCUGCGUAACUUGGUGGGCUCCAAAACCCUGACUAAGGAGGACCUCAAACCCAUGCUGGAGAAGAUGAAGGACCACCUUAUAGGUAAGAAUGUUGCAGCCGAGAUAGCCCAGAAGCUCUGCGAUUCUGUCGCCACCAAGCUGGAGGGAAGAGUCCUGGGCACUUUCAGCGGCAUUUCCUCCACAGUGAAGCAGACCCUGAAUGAAAGCUGUGUUCAGAUCCUCUCCCCGAAGCGACGCGUUGACAUCCUGCGUGAUGCCCUGGAGAGCCAGAAACAACGACGGCCCUUCGUUAUCACCUUCUGUGGGGUCAAUGGAGUCGGUAAAUCAACCAACCUUGCCAAGGUGGCUUUUUGGCUGGUGGAGAACGGGUUUCGUGUGCUGAUAGCGGCCUGCGACACAUUCCGUGCGGGGGCAGUGGAGCAGCUGAGGACCCACACUCGCAAGCUGAACGCCCUUCAUGCCUCUGGGGGGGCCCAGCAAAAGGUGCAGCUGUAUGAGAAAGGUUACGGCAAGGAUUCCGCAGGCAUUGCCAUGGAAGCCAUCAACUAUGCGCGUGACAGCCGUAUUGAUGUGGUCCUUGUUGACACAGCUGGACGUAUGCAGGAUAAUGAACCACUGAUGAGAGCUCUGGCUAAGCUGAUCAAAGUGAACCAGCCUGACCUGGUACUGUUCGUGGGAGAGGCUCUGGUGGGGAACGAGGCCGUUGAUCAGCUGACAAAGUUUAACCAGGCUCUGGCUGAUCACUCUAACAUGGAAAACCCCCGACUGAUUGAUGGCAUUAUCCUCACCAAGUUUGACACUAUUGAUGACAAGGUGGGAGCAGCUAUUUCCAUGACAUACACCACAGGUCAGCCUAUUGUGUUUGUGGGAACUGGUCAGACUUACACAGAUCUGAGGAACCUCAAUGCUAAGGCUGUUGUGAGCGCCCUCCUUAAGUAGACAGACCAACCUUCUUACACUUCUGCCACCAAGGCAAAUUAUUUCACAUGCAGAAAUGCUUGUCAUGUGUUUUUUUCUUUUCUUUUUCUAUGAUAAAGGCAAUAGAAGACUCCUUUGUUCUGUUCGUAUAUAUAUAUUUAUAAGUGCUAGAUUUGCAUUAGUAACCACCUCAAAAGAAUUACUCACAGGAAGGUAUAUUUAACUCAAGGCCUGCAGAAUACUAGUCAGGUACUGUUUUACAAACUACAGGCAUUGGCACGACAGAUAUUUAUGUAUGUACACAUAAACCAUGAGGAAUGUGGUAUUGAGAUGUACAUGUAAUAGUUUUAAUUAAAUGAGACAUUAACUUCAGAUCAACUACCCUGUGUGGGUUAGUAAUGCUUUUAGCCCAUGGUUUUCACCAUUAAAUCUGAGAUGGCAUCGGAUGAGGUUGAGAAAUCCCAGCCGGGACAGUCACAUGGGAGAUAACUCUUUCUGUGAUGGUUAAUCUGGAGUAGUCUUUGACACCAUUCUGUGAUAUUUAGUCAGUCUUUUGCAGUUUAACCCUGCUGCUGCUCCUCCUCACCCUUGAUACAGGUUAUUCAUAUGGCACACCUAAUCAUCUCAUCUUUACCGUCCUGCUCUUCCCAUGCAACUGUGUUGUAAUUGUUGAAUUGAUGCAUGAAUGAAAUUUUUUGUUUCUCUUUUUUCAUGUAAUUCAAGGGUAAGAAAACAAAAUCAGAUUUUUUUCGUGGACACAUUCACACAAUGAAUAUAUCUGUAAUAAAAAAAGAUGAGCAGUGUAAUGACAUACACUGUGUGUAGGUUAGGUGUCCACUCAUUGUAGCUGUAAUGACAAGUGUUAACAAUUUAGCAGCAUUUCUCAUUAUGAUAGUUUUGAGUGGUCUCUCUCACCUUGAAGGGAUACAGAUUCAACGCUGAUUGGCUGACAGGGUUACCAGGGUAAACUAUGUAGCUUUGGUCGUGCCUGAGUCAAUCUGCCCUCCCUAAAAUUCAGCUUUGGUUAGGCACUGCCUAGACUUGCCUAUCUCUAUCACUAACCAAUCAGAAAGAAUUCUGUAUCCCUUUAAGUCUGACAUGUCUUCUGUCAGCUACCAAGCUUGAUUAAGGAAUGCUGCAAAACAUUUAUUUGUGCAUUGUGGUUACUUAAAAGUACAUACAGUUUAUUAACUAGUUCAGUUAAAUUCUUUUCACCACAUGGACCAGAAGUUGUCACCAGUUAAGAAAUAAAGGACAACUUUACCAUCGAUCUAUUAUAUUUCAUGCAGAUGUAUAACUGUUCAGGUUUUACCUUUAAUCAAACCUAGGACGGUGUACUUCCAGAUUAUUCUGUGAAAUGACUUGAAAAAGUAUCGUAAUGAUAUUCAUUUACUGCUUCAUAUUUAUUAUUGCAUACAGCGGCAUUUUACCUGAUACGAUGGCAAAAGGUGAUCAUGAUUUUAACCUUCGUGUUAUUGAUCAACUGUUCUGGUUGUGGGCUGUAUUGUAAUAUUGGGGAAUGGUAUCAGAUUAAAGUUGUUGAAUUUUGAAGAAAAUAAAUAAAUUUAUGAAAUAAAUAA